AUGAGUAGCAAGUCACGUGCGUGGGAAUUCUUCAAAAAGACUAAUGAAAAGUUUGCAAAGUGUUCUUUGUGUAAAAGAGAGUAUAAACUAAGUGGAAAUACUACGAACUUGAUUGAUCAUAUGAAGAGAAAACAUAAUGAGGUAUGGUCAUCCAAUGUUUCUGUUACUCAAGACGUAGAUACCACUGAGCAAAAUGAGCAAAUGGGCCCAACCCCUAAAAAGAGAAAUACGUUAAAAAAUUAUUAUGAUAGAAGUAGUAAAUAUCCAGAUGGGAAAACAAAGAAAAAUUUGGAUAACAAAUACGUGCGCAUGAUUGCUGUUGACAUGGAACCUCUGCGAAAAGGAGAACAUGAAGGAUUUCGGGACUUUGUAAAUGCUCUCGAUAGUAGAUAUGAAAUUCCUGAUACAACAAAAUUGAAGAAGAAAUUGCUGCCGGAAUAUUAUGAAAACGUGAAACAGGAGCUCGUCAUAGCAUUAUCGAAAGCAGAACAUGUUAGUGUGACUACUGAUUUAUGGACAUCAAUUGCAAAUGAAGGCAUCCUUUCAGUUACUUGUCAUUUCUUUCACAACGAAAAAUUAAUUGCACCAUUAUUGGAAGUCGUGAUGAUGGAAGGAAGUCACAACGCAGAAAAUAUAGCCAGUGUGUUGGAUGCUACUCUUUCAAAAUGGGGUGUCAGGUCAAAAUGUGAAGCAAUAACAACUGAUAACGCUCAAACCAUGAUUAACGCCGCAGUUAAACUGCACCUGCGACAUAUACCCUGCUUCGCACACACACUUAACCUGACGGUGACUGAUUCGUUUGCUGUGACCUGCUUAGACCAGAUUCUGAAAAAAUGUAAAUUGAUUGUGACAUUUUUCAAGAUGAGUACUCUAGCUAGCGAUAAAUUACGAGCUAUUCAACGUGAAUUAAAUAAAGCAGAACUGAGAGUGAUCCAGGAAGUGCCUACCCGCUGGAACAGUGCAUAUCACAUGCUGCAGAGACUUGUUACAAUGAAGACAGAAUUAACUCUCGCACUUAAUGAAUGUAAUCGGGCUCCACCAGGAGUCAAUGCUGACGAAUACCUAAUUAUUCAAGAAACAAUUCAGAUUCUGGAACCUUUCGAUCUAGCUACGACAAAAAUUUCCGGAGAAAGCUAUAUAACAUUGUCACUGGUAAUACGAUUGAUUCGUGGAAUAAAAACGAAAUUGGCAGAAGUUGAAUCUCAAAUUGUUACUGAAAGCGGAAAGAAAAUAUUACUCUGCGUGAAGGCAUCAGUUGACAAAAGACUAAGUCCGUAUGAAAACAGGACACCUGUUGUACUGGCUACAAUAUUGGACCCCCGAUUUAAGAAGAAGGGGUUCAAAACAAGUGACGAAGAGAAGCGAGCUGUUCAGUGGCUAGAAAAGGCCUAUGCUAGCCAUUUAUCUAAAGAACGCUUGGCUGAAGAAACGCAACAACCAACACCAUCCACGUCUUCAGGAACACCUGGUGACCUGUUGGAGUUCCUAGACGUUCCAGACGUAUCGACCCCUUUAAGUAACUCAUUGUUAGAUGUCAGGCAAUAUCUGGAGAAGCCAAGGACACUUCGAUACCGCGUUCUAUUGACCAAGUGGUGCCAUCUAUGGAUCAGAAUUGGUACUACAGAAGUCUAA